AUGCGUUGGAAAGGACGUAGAGAAAGUGAUAAUGUCGAAGAUCGCCGUGGCGGUGGUGGCGUAAAAGCGGGUGGAAUUAGUAUCCUGGGCUUAAUCGUUGCUUUUGUUGCAUGGAAAUUUUUUGGUGUUGAUCCACAGCAAGCCUAUCAGGCGACCAAACAGGUGACUUCGGCUGGGGCAAGCCAAAAUUCUGCACCCACCAAUUUAACUCCUGAACAGCAGGAAACGGCAUCUUUUGUUAAAACUGUUUUGGCAGAUACCGAAGAUACUUGGAAGCCAAUUUUCCAGCAACAAGGGGUACAGUACGUUUCACCUAAGCUGGUGAUGUUCAGUGGUGUGGAACGAUCAGGCUGUGGUACUGCUGAAUCUGCAAUGGGGCCAUUUUAUUGCCCAGCAGAUCAAAAAGUGUAUAUCGAUACCCAAUUCUUUAAAGAUAUGCGCCAACAGAUGGGCAUCUCUGGGGAAAAAAAUCAAUCUGAGCUUUCAGCUAAAGAUGAAGCGGGUGAUUUUGCACAAGCUUAUGUGAUUGCGCAUGAAGUUGGGCAUCAUGUACAGAAUUUAUUGGGAAUAUCGUCUCAGGUUCAACAAGCACGCCAGCGUGCCAGUGAAACUCAGGGCAAUCAACUUUCAGUACGUUUAGAAUUACAAGCGGACUGUUUAGCUGGGGUUUGGGCCAAUCGUACACAACAACGCACGCAGUUUUUAGAACAGGGUGAUAUUGAAGAGGCGAUGGAUGCUGCUGAAAAAAUUGGUGAUGACUACUUGCAGAAAAAAGCACGUGGUUAUGCGGUACCAGACAGCUUUACGCAUGGCACCAGUCAGCAACGUAUGCAAUGGUUUAACAUCGGUAUGAACUCUGGUGAUAUCAAUGCGUUUUAUUGGAAGCCGAUCAGUAUCUUGGCAACGAUUGCUUUACUGCUCUGUGCUGUGCGACAGAUCCGAUUGGGAUCAAAGGUGUCCUCAGUUCAGUACGUGCGCCCCAUCAUCUGA